AUGAUGGUUGAAAGAGGCAAAAUCCAUCGGUCAGGCAUCUUCACGGCCUGCCGGGAGCAACUGGCCGCCACCAAUACCGACAAUAGGGAUUCGUGGCAUGAGCAUGUUGAGCUCUCUGCGUCUACCCGCGUCGACGAUCUUUCAAUCCCGCAGUGUAAGGACGUGUUCGACGUUCUCCACGCUGCGAUGAAAGCGAGCGGUCAGCCAAACCCUAUUCCUACCGACGAUCAGAUUGAGAGCUUCCUCAGGCUUGUCCUCGAUCACGUUAAAGUUCGUCUUCAACACGGGGUGACAUCCACACCCUGGGACCAAAACUUCGAACCUAAUGUCACGGAGGUAGUUGGAGUCAUCAAAAACAGUCGAGAACGAGUAUACGGGCAUCUUGAUUUUAUCGGAGGCAGCGAAAUGCGUUAUUCUCUCAGUUUAUGCGGUGAUGUCUGGCGUGAUGGGCAGCUAACGACGAUAUCCCCAAACGAUGUUCAGUUCAAAUACGAGGACCCUACCCAGUGGAUGUCACAGCUCAUCAGAGUAGCAAGAAACAAGGUGUUCAGGUACAUCUGCAAUUCCAACUUACUAAUCGCCAUCAAAACCGCUCGAUGGUGCAUCAACGUCCGCCUCCUGUGCAAGGAGCCCUACGUUCCCUCGUUGAAGCACUAUCUUUCCCUAGCCGGGGUACAUGCUCGUCCGUUUUUUCGAUUCUCCGAAUUCAUCCACGCUCACCCCUUUCUCGCCAUGAUAUGUGUGGAAAGGCCCCGAACCGUGUUUGAUGAGCUUUCGGACCACCCUGACAUGUCUUUCAACAUGAUGCAAAAGUUUCAGUACAAGGCUGAGGAGGCUGAGUCCAAUGUUCCCGACAAUAGCCGUAGCUUUGGGAACGGCUUGGAGAGCAUUGUCGAGGCGGUAGAGGAAGAAAAUCUCUACGAAGAGGGCGAGGAUACCUGCACGGAGGAAGAGGAUACCCACGAGGACGGAGGAUAUGAGUACGAGGAUGAAGGGUUUGACCAUGAGGAUGAAGGGUUUGACUACUAG